UAUACACAUGUUUACAACUGAUCUACCACUGAACAACACUAAAAAGCACCAUGGAAGACAGUAUCUCAACAGAGGUGUCCAAGGUCAACAGAAAAAUAGACCACAAGAGGAUAAUCAAGACAUUGAAACAAUACAAAGAAUGUGUUUCAAGGAAGGUAGCUGCACGUCGGCUACAAAUCUUCGAGAAGAAAACUGAGCUAGAAACUCUAAUGUCGGAAUACCGCAUAGAAUGCCAGAAAUUAGCUGACCAAGACACUAGGGAGUUACAUGAAUUCUACUUCAUGGCGAAAGAUGAGAUCAGUAAAUGCGCUGGUAAUACAUAUGAGCGAUGUCCAGUGGAACUAAAUAACGACAUUAUUAGAAUGCUAAGAGUCAUGCUGAAGUACUGCUAGUAUAUUUCAUAUGCUUCAGUUUAAGGAGCA